AUGGUGAUUUUUAUUCGACCAUUCUGGGUUGAGCAUAGAGGGUGUCCGAUAUAUUCAGUAGAUGCAUCACCAACGAUGGAAGAAAUAGUCACAUGUGGGGGAGAUGGGUGUUUUAAUUUGUAUAAUACAAAGGCAUUCAGCGACAGUUCAUUACAGCCGAAGUUAAAGAGUAAAACGAAAGUGUCUGACAUGUCGUUGAAUGUUAUAAGAUAUUCGCACGAUGGGAGAUAUGUUGCGACGGGUGGAGACGACCACAUAGUUUCGAUCUGGGAAUUGACUGAACGCCUUGGUGGUUUUGAGAAAGACGAGACAGAGAAUUACUACGACGUUAUCUUCACACGAGUUUGUAACUUACGAACGCACACGGACAGCGUCAUCGACUUGUGUUGGUUACCUGGUGACAAGUUUCUGAUAUCAGUGUCAGCGGAUUGCACUGCGGCAAUAUGGGAUGUGACAAAACAAGAGCUUUUGGACACGUACCGCGACCACAAAGCGUCUAUCAUAGGUGUUUGUGUUGACCCAUUAGGAGUAUAUGCGUGCACACAAGACUUAAAGGAAGUUCGUGUGUGGAAGAUACGAGAUAAGAGUACUGUAGUGAAGAUCGAAGAGCCUUUUGAAGACUGUGAACAUGGCAAUUUCAGUUGUCGAAUGAGUUGGAGUUGUGAUGGGAAAGACCUUGCAGUGGUAGGAGCGACGAGUAAACUGAAGCGAUGCUUCUUACUGAUUAAAAGAAGUGACUGGACAUACCAGACGUGUUACGGACAUAAGAAUGAGGUGAUCUCUGCGCGCUUUUCAGACCGGAUCUUUGGAUACCUCCGCUCUGCAGGCAAAUCGAAAACGCCAUUUAAGAUCUUUGCGAGUGGGAGCAUCGAUGGGGAUGUAUGUAUCUGGUCUACUAAGCCGAGUGGAGGCAAAAAGGGGGACACCCCUUCAUUCACAUCGAUCUGUACUAUAGAGAAAGUGUUUGAUGAGAGUGUGCAAGACUUAGUCUGGUGCAACUCAGGGAAGGAUUUAAUAGCUGUUGGGUUGAAAGGGUUCUUAGCAGUGAUCAAAUUUUCAUAUGAAGAGAUCGGGGGGACGCUAGUAAGUGAGGAGGCGCUGCGGAAGUAUAUGGCGCAUUUCAAGCAGAAAGACGCAGAAGAAAUUCAAGAGAGUUUGACAGUGAAAGAGGAGUGUCGAAUACAACACGAGAAAGACGAGCAACAACAAUUGAAACAAAAGGAGUUGGAAGAGGCGAAAGAAAGAGAAGAACAAGAAAAGGCGAAUGCCAAACGCCCAGCAGUCGAUGUGUUACAUCCCGAGGAACGUAAAAUGCUUGAAAAAAUGAAGGCGGACAAGAUGAAAGAGAAGAAGAAGAAAAUCAAGCCUGUGGUGUUACUGAAUGAACCGAAGGCGAUUACCCUUCCAAAAGUUGAAAAGGAUCCAAUCGUUGUGAAACAGCCACCUCCAUUAGUUCCAAGUAAGCCAGAAAAGGUUUCCAAGCUCGAGAAAAGUGAAAUUGAAAAAAAUGAAAAACUGGAGGACGAGGAAAAGACGCUUCGGAUGCGGAUGGCAUCGAAGGCAGUCAAAGAGACGAUAGAAAAGGAGAAAGAACGCAAGGAAAUGAAUGGGAAGAAGUACCAAGAGCGUCUUGAUAUUAUCGAGGAGAUGCGGAUGAAGAAGGUGAUGAAGCGGAUCGACCAAAUCGAUGAGUUAGAGAAUCAAAUGAAGUGCAUCACUGAGCGGAUUGCGAGAGUCGAGAACGAAAAAGUUGCUGACCGAUUGAAAGUGCUUGAAAUGACUCAAACGACUGCGGCGAACACUUUGAAUACGACGAAUGACGACACUAAAGUACUUACAGUGCCUUUAAUUCGGCCACUUACGAUUAAUUGUUUGAAUGAAGAGAAGAAGCCGAUAGUGUAUAAGAGCACGACGUCGGUGUACGGCAAGAAGAUGUUUUCAUAUGUGCAAUUGGUCAACGUCUUGAAUGACGCGAUCCUUUGGGAAUCACAGUUACCGUUCCAAGUCACGACGAUGAGCUUAAGCACCGACGAGAUCACCAUUGGAACGAUCGGAGGUGUAGUUUUGGGGAUCGACCAAUAUUCCGGUGCGAUCAUCCGUGCGCCUCUUAUGGUGCAUGGCGUCAUCCACAAUGCGUUCAAAGACAAGGGGGUGGUGUUUGUAGUGAAGUGUGAUGGGAUGAUCGAGGUGUACAACGCGACGAGUGAACUCAUCAAGAUUGUAUCUGUCAAAGAGUUAGCGGAGCAGUUGAAUAUGAAGAAUGUGACUGAUGUGAAGUGUACGUCGAGUGGAGGGAUUUCCGUUGUAUUUGAUGAAGACAUUGAAGUAGUUAUACUGAACGGUCAUUGGGUUGUCCGGAGGAGUUUAGUGAAAGAUGAAGAGAAGCGGAAGAACGUGAACGUAGCGAACAAGUGGAAGAUGGAGUGUGAGCUUGAGUUAACCACUUUAUCACUGACAUGGGACACUGAGCAGUUUGAAACCGUCAUUCAACGUUAUUUAGAAGUCCUUAAAACACCUAAAGAUGAGAAGCGAGGGAAUGCACUGAUUAGGAUUUUGAAUGGAUUAAAGAACGGGAAGAAUGACACUUUGAUUGAGAAGUGGAAGGAGACCGUCAAGAGGUGGAUUGUCUCAUAA